GAGAUGGGGUUUAAGAUGUAGACCCUUCUCGCUCUGUGACUUGGAAAAGAGCCCUUCCGAGAUGAAUUGCCCAAAAAUUACAGUUAACAUUCCCCAAAUUAUGAUCAAAUGCUCUUCAGAAUCUUCUGUAACUCUGCUUUAUUGAUUCUUUGCCCUGCGAAUCAAUGUUGCCGGCCGGAAUCUAUCUUUAAAUUUAUGCUAAUAUCUCUGUGAAUCCACGCCCAGAAAAAGUAUAAGCAAAAAAUCCAAACCCUAACCUUUACUGGUUUAUUUAUUUAUUUAUUUUUCAAAUCCUGAUGAAAUUACACCCUCAUUUCAUCAAUUACAUCUGAUUUCUUCGACUGGGCUGUCAAUGGAUUUUAAUGAAUUGGAAGCGAUGGAGGGUCUCAGAUGGUCAUGGCACUCCUGGCCUGCUACCAAGCCCGAAGUUGCAUCUCUAGUCAUCCCACUUUCCAUCAUGUGCACCCCCUUAACGCCAUUUAACGAGCUUCCGAUUCUGCCUUACGAUCCUUUGUAUUGUUCCCAAUGCCACGCAGUUUUGAAUCCGUAUUCCAGGGUUGAUUACACUGCGAAAAUCUGGAUCUGUCCGUUUUGCUAUGAGAAGAAUCGUUUCCCAGUAUCGUAUAUUCAUAUUAAUGAAAAUAAUAUUCCAGCUGAGCUUUUUCCUACCUACUGCACCGUGGAGUAUCAUUUGAAUAAAAGGGGUUCGGACCAAGGCUUGGGUUUGAGUUCCGGUCUGGGCUCGGCUCCGAGCAUGAAUAAGGCAUUGGGUUUGAGGUCUAAUAGUAGUUCAUUUACAUCCAUGUCAGCGUAUUUUGGUCCAAGCACGGGUUCGGAUUGGGCAGGGGCUGGGUUAAUGGUGGGGCCAGCGAUUGUGUUUGUUGUGGAUGCUUGUACACCAGAAGACGAGCUGGGACUGCUGAAGAGUGAAUUGUUGCAUGUCAUCACUCGAUUGCCAGAGAAUGCACUUGUGGGUCUGGUUGUUUUUGACUCUAUGGUGAGGGUGUAUGACUUGGGGUUUACGGAGUGUUUGAGGGUUGUGCUUUUCCAUGGUGAGCGCGAGGUUUCAUCGGAGCAGACUAAGCAGCUUCUUGGGCUCCAUCAAAUGACACAACCCCUUGGAAUGACAUCAGCUGUUCAAAGAAAGGACUUUCUCUUGCCAGUGUCGCAAUGUGAGUUCAACAUAACAUCAGCAAUCGAAGAUAUUUGUUCUUCACCACAGAUCACGCGAGGACACCGGCCUCUACGGUCUACAGGUGUUGCAAUAUCAGUGGCUGUAGGGCUUCUAGAAGGAUGCUCGGUGAAUACUGGUUCUCGUGUCAUGGUCUUCACAUCAGGACCUGCAACAAUCGGCCCAGGGAUCAUCGUCAACUCUGAUCUUGGCAAUUCCAUCAGAACUCACCGAGACCUUAAUAAUGGUCAUGCAGCUUACUAUAGAAAAUCCAGUGAAUUCUACAAGCAAAUAUCUCAGAGAUUAUCUGAUUCAUCCAUCAUUCUUGAUCUUUUUGUCUGCUCUCUGGAUCAGGUUGGAGCAGCAGAAAUAAAAGUCCCAGUUGAAAGUUCAGGUGGUUUCAUGAUGUUAGGGGAAUCAUUUGCGUCGGAGCAAUUUAGGAAGUGCCUGCGUCAAAUGUUUGACCGUGAUGACAGUGGAAAUUUAAAGAUGUGUUUUGAUGCAACUAUAGAGAUAGUAACGACAAAAGAUGUGAAGAUUUGUGGGGCCCUUGGUCCCUGUACUUCUAUGCGGAAGAUGAAUAAUUCAGUAAGCAACAAAGAGAUUGGUGAGGGUGGUACUUACAUUUGGAAACUGGGGACAGUCACUAGCAAAACAUGCAUUGCUUUCUUCUUCGAAGUGGGUGACGGACAAAAUGUUCAAUCUGGUUCUGCAUUUUUCAUACAGUUCAUAACACGUUAUCGAUAUGGUAACAUGGGAAUCCGGAAAAGGGUGACAACCGUUUCACGAAGGUGGACCGGGAAGCACUCACCUGAUAUUGCUGCUGGGUUUGAUCAGGAAGUGGCAGCUUCAGUUAUGGCUAGACUUGCCAUCCACAGAACAGGGAAAAGUUAUGCACAUGAUGUUGUAAGAUGGUUGGAUAAGACAUUGAUUCGUUUUGCUUCUAAAUUUGGGGAUUACAUGCCGGAAGAUCCGUCUUCCUUCCGCCUUUCGUCCAACUUCUCUUUAUAUCCACAAUUUAUAUACUACUUGAGGAGGUCACAAUUUAUUGACGUCUUCAACAGCACUCCAGACGAGACAGCUUAUUUCCGUUUGAUGUUAAAUCGUGAGGGAGUAGUUAAUUCUCUUAUCAUGGUCCAGCCUACCCUUUUCCAGUAUUCAUUUGAUGGUCCCCCUAUCCCAGUCCUCUUGGACAUAUGUUCCAUAUCUCCGGAUGUGAUUUUGCUUUUUGAUUCCUUCUUUUACGUUGUCAUUCACUAUGGUUCUAAGAUUGCACAGUGGAGAAAACUCGGUUAUGACAAGGACCCUAUCCACGAGAAUUUCAGGAAACUUCUAGAAGCUCCUGAGCUUGAUGCUGAGCAACUGGUGGCUGAAAGGGUUCCCGUCCCGAAACUUAUCAAAUGUGACCAGCACAGUAGCCAAGCAAGGUUUCUUCUUGCCAAGUUAAAUCCAUCCGUAACUCAGAAUUCAACAUAUACAGACGGUUCAGAAAUUAUAUUUACAGAUGAUGUGAGCCUGCAAGUAUUCCUUGAGCACUUGCAAGAAUUGGCAGUUCAAGGUUAAUUAAUGGAGUUUUGUAGAUUUUCGCUUCUUUCUGUAAUAAUAGACACAAUAUUGUUGUAUAUGGAUAGUUUUUGAGGUUAUAGAGGAAAAAAUUGAAGAGGGUUUCAUAUUUUGGGCUUUAUGUAUUAUUUCAAGUUGUUGCUUCAUUUCCUGCUGGUGUAAUUGGUAUUUAUAACGCGGAUUUUGGAAUUGGAAGAGUUUUCUUUCUUUAUGGAAAAUUCUACUUGUACA